UAUUUGACAUUCUUCGGCAUCGAGUUGUCAACGUCAGUGUUAUUUAUCAUAAGUUUUUAGAUAGAAUUUUUGGUACUGAUGUCUUAAAAACUGAAAAUAAAGCUUCAUCCCACACAAUAUUUACAUAAGCACUUCCUUUACUUAGCUGCUGAAGCCAAAAUUUUCUUGGUUUUAAGGAAAUUACGUUAGUUUACUAAAGCCAUGCCUGCCGUUAGGGGAGAUGGCAUGCGAGGCCUAGCAGUUUUCAUAUCAGAUAUAAGAAAUUGUAAAAGCAAGGAAGCAGAAAUAAAGAGAAUAAAUAAAGAACUAGCAAAUAUACGUAGUAAAUUCAAAGGUGAUAAGACUUUAGAUGGAUACCAAAAGAAAAAAUAUGUGUGCAAAUUGUUGUUUAUAUUUUUGCUUGGACAUGAUAUUGAUUUUGGACACAUGGAAGCUGUGAAUCUUCUGUCGUCAAAUAAAUACUCUGAAAAGCAAAUAGGAUAUCUAUUCAUAUCUGUGCUGGUUAAUACAAAUAGCGAACUGAUCAAACUUAUAAUACAGAGUAUAAAAAACGAUUUAGCUUCGAGAAACCCUAUCCAUGUAAAUUUGGCUCUACAAUGCAUUGCCAAUAUUGGUAGCCGUGAGAUGGCAGAAGCGUUUGGUAAUGACAUACCAAAGCUGUUAGUGUCAGGAGACACAAUGGAUGUUGUCAAGCAAAGUGCGGCUCUGUGUUUGUUAAGAUUGUUUAGAACAUCCCAAGAUAUCAUUCCUGGAGGGGAGUGGACUUCCCGUAUUAUUCACUUACUUAAUGACCAACAUAUGGGUGUUGUUACUGCAGCCACAAGUUUAAUAGAUGCUCUUGUCAAAAAGAACCCUGAGGAAUAUAAGGGGUGCGUUUCAUUGGCUGUAUCACGGCUAAGUAGAAUUGUUACAGCUAGUUAUACAGAUCUGCAGGAUUAUACAUAUUAUUUUGUACCGGCGCCUUGGCUCUCUGUUAAGCUUUUACGUUUGCUUCAAAAUUAUACUCCCCCAGCUGAAGAUCCUGGUGUACGUGGCCGACUGAAUGAAUGUUUAGAAACUAUAUUGAACAAAGCGCAGGAGCCCCCAAAAUCAAAGAAAGUCCAACAUUCAAACGCCAAAAAUGCUGUUUUAUUUGAGGCAAUUAGUCUUAUUAUUCACAACGAUAGUGAAGCAAAUUUACUAGUACGAGCCUGUAACCAAUUGGGGCAGUUUUUAAGCAAUCGCGAAACCAACUUACGAUAUUUGGCCCUAGAAUCAAUGUGCCAUUUGGCAACCUCCGAAUUCUCACAUGAGGCUGUUAAAAAACACCAAGAAGUUGUUAUACUCUCUAUGAAGAUGGAGAAAGACGUGUCUGUUAGGCAACAGGCAGUAGAUCUGCUGUAUGCUAUGUGCGAUAAAAGUAAUGCCGAAGAAAUUGUACAGGAAAUGUUAAAUUAUUUAGAAACCGCAGAUUAUUCUAUAAGAGAGGAAAUGGUGCUAAAAGUGGCCAUAUUAGCAGAGAAAUAUGCAACUGACUACACUUGGUAUGUGGACGUUAUACUAAAUUUGAUAAGGAUUGCUGGAGACUAUGUAUCUGAAGAAGUUUGGUAUCGCGUGAUCCAGAUAGUUAUCAACAGGGAUGAGGUUCAAGGUUACGCGGCUAAGACCGUUUUCGAGGCAUUGCAGGCUCCAGCAUGUCACGAAAAUAUGGUUAAAGUAGGAGGUUAUAUUUUAGGAGAAUUUGGUAAUCUAAUUGCUGGUGAUCAAAGAUCCUCACCAGCGGUCCAGUUUCAAUUGCUACAUUCGAAAUACCAUUUAUGCUCACCCAUGACCAGAGCGCUGUUAUUAUCCACAUACAUCAAAUUUAUAAAUUUGUUCCCUGAAAUAAGAACUCAGGUUCAAGAGGUGUUCAGACAAGACAGCAAUCUGCGCUCAGCGGAUGCUGAACUACAGCAGCGGGCCUCUGAAUAUCUUCAGCUGAGCAUCAUCGCCAGUCCAGAUGUUCUCGCUACCGUGCUGGAAGAAAUGCCCGCAUUUCCCGAGAGGGAGAGUUCAAUUUUGGCAGUUCUUAAAAAGAAGAAACCGGGCAGGGUGCCAGAGAAUGAUGUCAAAGAGAACAAAAGUCCCACUCCUGUUGCCAACCACACCAAUAAUGAUGUCAGUUCCAGUAACGCAGGUUCUACGGAUUUACUCGGAUUGUCCACGCCUCCAACAUCCCAACCAAAUAAUUCUAGCACGGGAGUAUUAUUGGACGUGCUAGGGGACAUUUAUAACAAACCUGUAAAUAACGUGUCUCCUUCUCCCACUUGGGUGGCCGAUGUUAAAAAGUUUGUUUGUAAAAAUAACGGCGUCUUAUUCGAAAACGAUUUAAUUCAAAUCGGCGUGAAAAGCGAAUUUCGCCAAAAUCUCGGGAGACUCGGAUUAUUUUACGGCAACAAGACCAACACCAUGUUGCUUAACUUCCUACCCACGUUGCUCUGGUCCGAAGAACAAGCUCAAAAACUGAGCGUGCAAAUGAAACCGGUGGACUUAAUUUUAGAAGCCGGUGCUCAAAUUCAGCAAAUGAUCAACGCCGAAUGCAUCGAUGACUACACUGAUACUCCAAGUAUAUUAAUCUCUUUUGUACAUAGUAGCCAUACACAGAAGAUUACAGUGAAACUUCCUUUGACCAUAAACAAGUUCUUCGAACCGACCGAAAUGAAUGGAGAAUCGUUCUUCGCCAGGUGGAAAAACUUGGGAAACGCCAAUCAGCAACGAUCUCAGAAAAUAUUCAAAGCUUCCCAACCGAUGGACUUGCAAGCCGCCAGACAAAAAAUGAUCGGGUUCGGAAUGCAACUUCUGGACGGCAUAGAUCCGAAUCCGGAGAACUUUGUCUGCGCAGGCAUCAUACACAUGCGCAGUCAACAAGUAGGGUGUUUGCUCCGUCUAGAACCUAAUAAGAAUGCACAAAUGUAUCGACUGACGGUACGAUCUAGUAAAGAGAGUGUUUCGGUCGAAAUCUGCGAACUGUUAGCCGAACAAUUUUAAGGUAUCUAUUUUCUGCUGUCUAAACAUUACAUUCCAAUCUUUAUACUCCACAUAAGAAAACUUCAGAUUCGAUAAUGUAUGUUGAUUAUGUUAUUGAUGUGAACGUGAAACACUCCAGAUCCUCCUGUGUAAGGAAUUGUUUUACCAUUUUCCUUGAUGAAAAUUUCAGAUGUUGCGGUAAGUUUUGAAGUCGUUAUUUAUUUUCGCCCUUAGAUUGCUGUUACGUGUGUUUUUUUUUUAAAUAUGAAUGUAAUUAUAGCGCAAAUGGUCGACAAAGUACGCCAAACUUUGCAAAACCAGACCAAAAAUCGUAAAAUAACUUUUAUUAAAUGUUGAUCUUAGAAAAAUACAGACUGUAUAUUUUUCCCCAGUAAUUGUUACUAGCAGAUUGAUUUUCCAAAUGAAUUACUUUUAGCGUUUUAUGUUUUCUCUAUUGUUUAUCUCGUACAACAGUACUCAAUAUUUAUUAAUUGAUUCUUGUUUUAAACAAAAUAUUUAUAUAUUAUUAUGUUCGUUUAUGUUUUGUUUUCGAUUUGAAAUCUAUUGCCAUAUCAUAAAUCUUCAUUCAGUUGCAGUUCUCGCACAUGUAACUUGUAAUUUGACAAUGAUAUGUUGGGUAAAACUACUCAUAGCUGUCGUCAGAUUAUGGUAGUAUAUAGGGUUCAACCGUCAAAUUUGCAAGUUGCAGGUGUUGAAUUAGAAGAUUUAGAAUUCAUAUUCAGCCCUAUAUAUCGUCGACAAAAAAAAACUGCUUAUCAGUUUGUAUAUUAUAUAAUUUAAGUUCCACUAGAACUUCAUGUAUAAAUUAUUUUAUGAAAGAGAUCUGCUUUAUCGAAUAAGUUUUUAAUGUUUGCUAAAAGAUGUAAAUUUAUUUAGUUUGUAGUAUAUCUGUAAAAAAUAUGCAUUGUAUAAUUUACCAGUCAUGUUAUGUAAUUAGUUCAUAUUUAAAUAUAUAGAAAUUC